CGAAUUUGGACAGUCGUCCAGGUUGUCGCGUUGGUCAUCGUGUAUCUUGGCAUUUGCAAAACACCUACUGAUCAUGUCGUACCCAUACCAACAAUACCCCGGCGGCUACACUCCUCCUGCCACAGCGCCGCCUCCUGCCGGUGGACAGUAUAAUGCGCCUUCGCAGCCAGGUUACGCAGGAUACCCACCCACAACCCAGGCCCCAUACGGGGCUCCUCACGGUGGUCCCGCCGGCGGUCCUGCCGGUUAUGCGGCGCCCGGUCAGCACCCGCCCUAUGGGGCUGCAGCCCCGACCCAACCUUCCGGAGGUGCACCGUACGGUCAACAGCCUUAUUCAACUCCGUCUCAGGGACCAUACAGCGGAGCGCCGCCUCCUCAGUCUGGCAAUGCUCCUCCUCAGAAACCUGGAUAUGGAGCGCCAACUCAGCCUUAUGGUGGAGCUCCUGCAUACGGUGCACCGUACGGUGGCGCGGCACCAGGCAAUCCGCCUCCAGGUGCCGAUCCACAGUUAUGGAACUGGUUCAAAGCUGUAGAUGCAGACCGCUCCGGCCACGUUAAUCCCCAAGAAUUGCAACAGGCUUUGAUCAACGGAGAUUGGUCUCCUUUCUCCUUGGAAACUGUUCAACUGAUGAUGACGCUCUUCGACCGUGAUGGAUCUGGAACUAUCGGUUUUGACGAGUUCACCAGCCUCUGGCGCUACAUUGAGGACUGGAAACGCAUCUUCCAGCAAUUUGAUACCGAUCGGUCUGGUAAAAUUGAUCGCAACGAGCUGAAGCAGGCGCUUUUGGCGUUUGGAUACAAUGUAUCGGAUCGUAUCGUUGAUUUGAUGAUACGAAAGUUUGCUCGACGGGGAUCAAUAGAUAUCACGUUUGACUCUUUCAUUUCAUGUUGCGUUACCGUUAAGUCCCUGUCAGACGCUUUCCAGAGGCACGACACGGAUCGGGACGGUUGGGUGAAUAUGAGCCACGAUAUGUUUUUGGAGCUCGUCAUCAGCACAAGGCCGUGAACGCAGGAAAAUGCAAUUAUAAAUGCACUAAAUCUAUGCGACUCAUACAUUUAGAUGUGAAUGCAGUCUAGAUAAAAGGUUUUUGGAACUUGCUAAUGCGUUAAUACAAUAGGUCUACAUAAUACAUCCUGCUAUAACUUUAUAUGCCCGCAUCUUGUUGGCCCACUUGUUCUCCAGGAACAUUUUCCAUCCUGUGGUGCCUGUCAGGACUCAGCUCCUCUUCUU